AUGGAAUAUUCUGCUUACCUUGACGUCUUUUCUCAUCCGCCAUGUAACAAAGAGAAGUUUUCGAAGCAAUACAGAAAAUAUAUGAAAGAUCUGCUAGGUUACUUGAUCGUCUUUUUCAAACGAACCAAGCCGUCGCAAGAUCUUGACACAAUACUUUCCAAUGUUGAGAUUGGUUUUGAGGAGCAAGAAACCGUGAUAGAUCUUGAUGACUACGAAACUGUGGAGGAACUGAUCGAUUUGGGAGAUGAGAAGCUAAAAGAGGCGUUGGAUGCAUUAGGGUUGAAAGUUGGUGGUACUAUGCAGCGGCGUGCAGAGAGACUUUUCUUGACAAAGCAUACGCCUUUGGAGAAGAUGGACAAGAAACAUUUCGCCAAGAAUCAGAAGUCCGUGAGAGAGAUUGCGAUAAUAGAGGCCAAAGUGAAGAAACUCUGCGAUUUACUCGAUGAGACAAUCGAAAGGACGAAACAAAACGUCGAGAAGAAACAGGCUUUGACGUAG